AUGCCUGCCAGGGUUCUCGGCGAGAUUGCCUCCGGUGAUGCAGGUGUGGUCGCUGGACACAGCCACCAUGAGCACGCCUCCUACGCCACCCUUAAACCUGCGAACUUUGAAAGCACAAAGAAGCUCAGACCUGAGUCAGUCGAGGAGCACCCGCCACCCGAAAGCAGGGACACAAGCGGCUACAUCUCCACCAGGUGGGCCAGCGAGAGAUAUCCCGAGAAGAUCAGUGACAAGUGUGACCCGCCCAUCUGCAUUCACCGGCCCUUCUCCAUCACAGAGGUGGGCCAGUCAGCCAGCCGGCGAACUGAUCUCCAACCUGAUGUACAUAGUACUACUCACAAGAGGCCAACUCCGUACCCGAAGUCAGCGCCUGGAAUGGGUGACUUGAUUUCGUCACGCCAGAGACGGCGGCAAUGGAGGUACUCGACGAGUUUUACAAGGGCUACUCGCGGCCAGGAGACUGUUCCUCUGGCCGAGCUGGGAGCCAUACUGGAGCGCGAGACCGGUUGCGAGUCCGGGUUGUUGAGAAUGGAUGACUGGGUGACCCGAGCGGAGUCCCAGGGGAUGACUGUGUUAAGGGAGAGGCCUAGUUUUCAUGCUACGGGAAAGCCAAAAUUGGUACACCUGAAGUCAAAAGCCCAUAGCAGGUACAGACAAACAACGUCAAUGGAUGUGCGAGUCAUCAACUGGCCCAGAGCAAGGUACUGA